AUGAAUGCUUCUGCACCAGUUGCUAUAGGCACAAGAGGCACAAUUGGAUCUCUAGUUAGAAAGGAAAUUGAAUACUUCACUAGUCAGAAAGGAAAUUCACAAAAGUCUCAGCCACACUUUGUGAACAUGUUUUCUAGCAAACCUAAGGCUAGUUUCUGGAUGUUGUUAAAGAGGAAGAAGCAAAGAAGUCCAAAUGAAUUUCUAUCAAAAACAUGUUCUGUUAGACAAGUAACAGAAAACAAUCAUUUCAGUAGGAUUCCUGGUUACAGCUACAGGAUCCUUAAGGAUCAUGACUUCAACUAA